CUCUCUCUCUCUAAUCUUGCUUAACCAUAUACCUACUCACAUUUGUACUUCAACUGUCGUUGGGUCUCUCAAACACUCUGAUCAUCAAUUUGCGAAAUCUGUAUGAAAUGCUCUCCCUUUACAAACUACAUUUGUAUUGUGGGUAUUUCAGUUGGUUCUCUGGCUCUCUCUCUCUCUGGCAUAUGCAUGCUCUAAACAUUAUAAGAGCUGCUGCAAUAAAAUCAACAUUUAUAGUGGGCUGGUUGGUUGGUUGGUUGACUAUUGCAGAGAAAUAGAGAAUGUGAGAGCGUGAUUGAGAGAGUGUUGGCAUACAUGCAGCAAUGGACUACCACGAGUGACAUUAGUUCGAGAUAGUCUGUGCGCGAUACAACCACUUGGAUUUAUAUGUCGCUUGAAAACGCCGCAGCACACUGAAAAGAAAAUCAAUCCCCUUUGUCAGUUCAUUCAGUCAGACAUUGAGUGUAGACGCGUAUUGUUGAACGACCAAUCGAGCGAGCGACGACAAAACCAAUACGAACAACGCGCGGCCUUAACGCAUUUUAAUAGAGGAGGGGUCUCGGUGUUGUCUACUCUUUCUCCAAUUAAAAAAAAAUUAGUAUAUACAUACAGCUAUAUAUUAAUGAAUAUGAGUGCGCGCGUGUAAUUUAUUUUUGUUUGCUACAUAUAUCCUGAUGAAUUUUUUUCAUACAACUUCUUAAAGAAUUUAAUAAAAAAAAAAUCUAACAAAUUUCCACAAAAACAACACUCAUUCAUUAUUCAUCCCCCACAGCAGCAAGUGUAGAAGAAUCGGCAGCCAGCGGCAGCAGCAAUACCAUCAUCAUUGGAUAUAAUUAAAAUAAUAUUAACAAAAAUUCGAAACAACAACAAAAAACGAAAAGAAAACGUAGAAAAUACACAUAAAGAGAAAAAUAAUAAGAAAGGAAAAAAAACAAAACGAAAAGUUCAUUCAGUGCCUAAAAAUAUAACCAACCAAAUGAAAUGAAAAAAAUAUCAAUCAAGAAUUGAGGAAAGCAACAAAAAUAUCAAAUAUAUGCAUACAAAUAAAUAUAUCUACAGGUAUUACAAAAAGUAGAUGUCGAAGAAGAAGAUAAAAUCAAAUUAACAAAAUUAAAAAAAAAAUAAAAAAUUAUGUGAAUUAAGUGUUAAUACAUUGAAAACAACAUAUUCAGCUAGAUUAACAUAAAUAAAUACACAUACAUAAAAUACAAUACAAUAAAUACCAUCAUACAUACAUCAUGGAGGAUAAAUAAAUAAAUAAAUAAAAAAAAUAUCAAAAGAAAAAAAAAACAAUCUUAGAGAUACAUACAAUGUUUAUGUAUAGGUAUAAAUAAAUACGUGCUUUGUGUUUUUUUUCUGUGUUUGUGUGUGUGUAUAUAUAUAAUGAAUGUAUGUAUAUUAUACAGUUGGGAGAUGAGAAGAUCACCACAACAAAAGCAGCAAAAAUUUUAUGAAUGAAUCAAAAAUCAACGUAUCAAAACAACAACAAACAAGCUGACGGCAAAUAAGAAAAAAAAGAAACAAAAGCAAAAGCAAAAGAAAACAAAACGAAUUUAAAAAAGAAAAAAAAAACAAGAUACGUACAAGUGAUUAAAUCCAGGAAUUUUUGUUUUUUUUUUAUCGAAAUCAUCCCCAGCCAGCAAGCAAGUAAACAACAACGUCAAAGACGAUAAACCACAUUACAAGAACAACAACAACAGUAACAGCAGCAAAAAUCACUACUUUAAUUCAAUUCAUCGACGACGAUUGCAACAAUUACAUAAAACUCAAAAUAACUACAGAACGUACACACACCUACCUACCUACCUACCUACCCAUCUACCUAAAAACCAAACUACAACAACACACAUACCCAUAUGACACAGCAUGUAUUGUUGUACAACAAAAAAGUGUGUGUGCAUAAAAACACGCAGUUAAGACGUAGUAGUUGUAAAGCAAAAACAGAACAGCAACAUUAAAACAAACAACAAAAUUUUGAGAUCAGAAAACUCGAAAAGAAAUAUAAACAUCGGAAAAUACAAAGACGAAGAAGAAGAAGCAUUCAACGGCCAGCGAACAAACACACUAAACGCCGCCGCGACGCAAUCAUCAUCAACACAAACACACACACACACACACACUGUGGAAAUACACACACGUACGCUACGCACAUCUGUCAUUUCCUGUGUGGAUGAUUAUUACAGCAACAACAAUCACAGCGGCAACAGCAAAGUUACUCUGAAUGAAGAAAAACGAAAACGAAGAUUUGCAGUAGCAUUUUUCAAUUCCUCUCCUUUAUGCUCUACUGAAACGAUUAAAAUUUACCAUCUCAACAUCAACAUCAUCGUCAUCAAUUUAAUCCCAAACAUUUGCAGAGUUAAUAAGGCAAACAAAAAUUAAAGAUUACGCUGCAAACACACAUACAUACAUAUAAACAUCAAACACAAAACUACACGGGAUUGCUUUUUUAACAAACAAUAAAGCAAUCGCUUUGUGGAAUACGCUGAGAAUAGAUUCGAUAGCUGCACUCACUGAGUAUUGAGAAGCCAGAAGAGGACUUGCGCCAAGCACAGAUAGCAAAGGAGAAAGCAUAGCCGGCAUUGGCCACGUUGUAACAAAGUCAAGCAGUGGUUUACUGCGGAGAGGAUGAGGGAAACUGAUGGUCCCCGGCAAAAGUAUCGAGGGGAUUGAGGUCUUAAUACAGAGUAGUUGAACGCUACAUGGAUCGCAGAAAUGGCGGCGAUCCCUUGGCGCCUCCUCGGCCCCCUAAACUGUUACCAAAAAUCCAUCGUCCCCGAGCUCCUGAGCCAGAGAUGAUGAACACGACAAUAACAACACCAACAGCAGUAGGAUCAGUAAAUCAAACGGCAACGGCUACGACGACGACGACGACUACACCAAUUGGAGCAUACUCAACCUCAUCAGCAGCACCAGGGAGAGCAACGGAAGUUAUCCACACACCUCAAUGUACAAAUCAAACGGAUUUAAGUAGGAAUAAUAACUUGAAUCAAGCACCACAGCAACAUCAAAUUAGUAUUAACAAAACGUCGCCAACAACAGCAACGGCGACAGCUAUCGCAACAAUUCCCAUAUCAUCAUCGCCAUCUUCCAUAUCCAUAUCAUCGACAACGGCGCCACCACCACCCCCAUCCUCUACUUCCGGUGGCAGUGGCUUAGUGGUGUUUAACAACAACAUUCGUUACAAUCGGGUUAGUUGCAACAACAAUCAUAUCGGCAACAUAGAUGUUAUCACCCAACCACCAGGUGGGGCCAUAUCGGACGAUUAUCAAAUUCAUCAUCUAACCUAUCUACCCCAAAGACCCGGCAAUUUAAGUCGCAACGGUAGUCAAAUUAGUACCACCUCCUCAUCCACAUCGACAACGUCCGCUUCGUCAUCGGCUUCGGCGAAUGCAAUAACUGUUGCGAAUAGCUUUACACGGCGCCGGCCUCCCCCGUCAACGCCUACUUUGGGAGCUGCAGUACCGCUACUAACAAUUAGUGGCAGCAGCAGCAGCAACAACAAUAACAGUUUCCUUAAUCAUUUCCAUAAUCCGGAGCUGGUGCCAUCAUCCACCGUCACACUGGCGCAACCGAGACCCGAGUCCGAACGGCUCGGCAAUGAGUAUGUGGACACACCGUUGCGUACGGCGCAACAGCUGCAGAAUGCAACGCGUAUUCAACAUCCCGCUGGCGAGCAUGACAAUGGUCAAACUACAACGCAUCACCUGCUGUUGUUGCCUCAGCGCGAGUUGCGUCAACUACAACAACUGCACCAUCAACACCCCCAACGACUUGCAUCAGCUGCUGGCUCAGCGAAUGCAACACUGGGCGGCGUCGAUGGCACCGAUGGUAUACUACAUUCGCAACAAAACCACCACCACCACCACCACCUUCAUCACGCCAAGGGGUCGCCGUGUACGCAGGCUACGCCGCAGGUGACGGGAAAAUUGUCGCCGUCACCGGACACACGGGGAUUCGCUUCAUCGGGCCUUAUCCAGCCAAUCAGUAAUCAGCCUAUCACCAAACAACCCGCCUUGUCACACAAUGUCAACAAUUCCUGUAAGUUUGCAAAGGAAUUGCCCGCACUAGAUGAACUGCUUGAUAUUCAUAACAUCGCAACUGGUAUUCCAACAUCGCAGGGCAUGAUAUCGGCGGUCAAUGGUGCCAGUCCUCUCACCGGCUCCAUUGUCAUUGGCAACAGCGAUGCGCCGUCAUCACUGAAUCCAAUAACUUGCCCGAGUUGCGAUCGCUGUCGCUGUGAACAAUGCCAGAGUCCCCGCCCUCUACCGCAGACAUGGGUAUGCAAUAAGACCUGUCUCUGCAGCGCCGAAUCCAUCAUAGACUACGCAUCAUGCCUAUGUUGCGCUAAGGCCCUCUUCUAUCACUGUGCCCGGGACAAUGACCUCGAUUGUGAUGAUGGCUCGGGCACACCCUGCGUUGACAACCCCUGCUCCUGUGGACCCUACAAGCGAACGCAGCGAUGGGGCUGGCUCGGUGCGCUGUCCAUAGUGUUGCCCUGUCUUUGGUGUUAUUGGCCGAUGCGCGCCUGUGUAGCCGCUUGUGAAAAGUGUUAUGGGCGUUUUGCGCGACGCGGCUGUCGCUGCCAACAGAUCGGCUCUACGUCAAGCAUGUUUCCCAUAACAUCGAUUGGCAGCAAUGGUACUAAUAUUAUGGCUUUAAAUAAUGGCGGCGGCAUGCCGGCGAAUACAGGGAACACAGCGAAAUCAGUGGCAGGCCAUUACCCACACCAUCAUCACCACAAUGAAUGCAACAGUGCGGCGAGUAGGAUACUGCGAAAGGGAGAUCUAACGCCCGAAAAAAGAUUACUUGAUUCCAGUCCAGAGUAUUAGUGAAUAUUAUUCCAGCUAAGCAAAGCAGCAGCACCACCACCCCACGGCAUGGCACGGCACGGCCAGAGAAGAACAAGCACAUAAGCACUUGACCGGAAAUGACUGCUAUACGCGAAUGUAGUUAAAACCGUUAGGUGCUUAAACACACAAAGAUGUAUUCUCUCAGCCAGUUAGUCAGUCAGUCGGUCAGUUAGUCGGCAACGCAACACAAUGCCAAACGGAAACCACAGAUAUUUCCAACACAUGGAACUAUAGCUACUGUGUUUUACUACGAUAUGACGAUAGUGGUGCAGGGUUUUUUUUUUUGUUUUUUAAAUGUGGAACCAAGAACAAAUAUCGAAGCAUUUAUGAUGUAAAUAUGUACAUGUAUAAUUCUAUAUAUAUAUAUAUAUAUACUAAAAAAAAGAAAGAACAUACUAUAUAUAUAUAUACAUUUAAAGACAAAACAACCAAACUAACUAAACUGUAUUUAGAUAAAAUCUCACGCACGUAAUCAACUACACCACAACAAGUCGAAGAAGAGAAAACUAUUUAAAAUAAAAUCGCAAGUCCUUUUUGAUAAUUAUUAUUUUAAAAAUAAUAAUGAAACCAGAAAAAAACAUAAUAAAAAGCAUACAAUUCAUUAAAUUAAAAACAAACACAUGCAUUAAAAUUCAAUUCAAGAAAACAAAAAAACAAUCCAGGGAAAGGCCAACGAACGUCUGUAAAAUGGAGAUCUACAAGAUCCUCUUUUGCCUAGGCGGUCAUGCAUCAUCAUACAUCCAUCUAAUAAGGCCUUUCUAAUUCCUCUUUAGCUGUUAUACAACAACAAAUUCGCACCUACCAUUAUCAGACAUUGAAGAACAAAGUAUGGUUGUUGGCUCGAAUCUAUGGCAAAAACAAAGACUACCCACCAUUGAACUGAAAGCACUCGAAUGUUUUUUUUAAAUCGAAUAUUUUCAAUAUUUCUAUGUUUAAAGUUAUGUCAAAAAACACAAAUUUUUUAAGAGAAGCUGAAUUUCGGCCUGCAUAUCUUGGUCGAAAAUAAUAACCAUAUUUAAAAAAAAAACUUUUUUAUGUAGGUAUCAUUUUACGAUCAUCAAUGGGUUACAUUACAACGUUAUAUCCAAGGAACAUUAAACAGGUAGUCAGGGUACAUCUAUUUCGGAUAACGUGAAGUUACAUACCUUGCGUGACACCAAUGCGUACUUAUGCAUGUAUGUCAAAAAAUAUAUUAAAAUAGGUUGCUUUUAUUUUUAUUGUGUGAGUUACACAACGACAGCACGCACGCAUCUGACGGAAUAAGUUAACCAACUCUCAACUUUGAACGCGUUUCAGGUCGCUAAACAUAUGAUUUCAAAAAUUGUUUUGCAGUCCGUAAAUUAGAGAAAUUCUUUGGUGAUUUUAACAAUAAACCAUUUCCAUUGAAAUGAACUUUAAAAAUGACAUUAAUAAGUAGAUUUUUAGAAAUUCGUUUGAAGCUAAGGCACAACCUAAAGAACGCAUGUGGGCGCAUCUGAUUGCUUAACCAUGCAUAAGUACUUCACGUGGUAUGUAACUCCACCAUUUAAGCUCAGUAGCCAGCCUCAAAAUUCGAUGUCCAACAAACACAACCAUGAUAGUCCCAUGCCGUAGUUCUAAAUGUCAUAUUUAUCUGUGAUGUUAUUGAUCUACAUUUCAUGCUUUAUCUAUGAAAAAUUUUCUACUUCAGUGUUUUUCAAAAGUGAAACACUUAUUCUUACAGCUGUUGUUUUGGAAAUUCGAGAUAAUAGGAAAAGGUUUGGAGUUAUCUGUGGAUACUUUUUUGAGCGCUACAAACCUUGUCUUUCCUAGGAGAUUUUAGCAUACACUUAACAAGGUAAUGUCAACAGUCAAGAGACACUAGCAAAAAGUAGCGGAAAGCCAUCAGCUGACUUAUAGGUGUUGUUAAUCCUGUUUCUCCAUUGUCUCAAAACCUACGUCACUUUAGUUGUUCCAUCAAUUGUUUACACUGGAUUUCAAAAUUCUAAUUAUAAAUGAAAACUAUUAUUACUAUCCGCCAGAAAAUUACAAAAGCGGUGCGAAUAUAAAACAAAGUAGUGUCUACAAUUUGAAUUGUUGUAAAAAGUAGCAUACAAACGGGUCUUCACAUGAAAAAUGGUCAUGGAGACCUUUCCACCAUUUCUUUUAGGCAAUUUGAGAAACUGAUUAUGGCAAGUCAAUGACAAGACACUUCCUCAGUGUUGUAUUGUUGUUUUGUUUUUAGAGAAUCCUGUAAGACUGAUUUCUUUUUUAAGCCUAGUACUAAGAUAGUUUUUAUGUCAAAAUGCGCUUAAAAAAAAGUGUGAAGAAAGACAAAACGAAAACAUUCUGCAGCAGCUGUACUGAGUUCUUUUACCAAUGCGUCUGCAACAUGUUGCUGCAUUAUAUAUUAUAGUGCAGUGGGUAUACAUCUAUUGUGAAUGGCAAGGUAUAGUUUAAACCAAUUGUUUAUAAAAUUUUGUGCACAACCCUUAACAAAGCUGUUUUGUAAUUUUUACUAAUAAAUAUUUCUAAAUUUUUCUCGAAUUGUUUUGAAAGUUUGCUAAAAAUGGCAUUACCACUUCAUGUCUACAACUAAAACAAGGCUAUUAUAACAAUCAGCUGAGCAAUAGUUGUCACAAUAGUAGUAGUCAGCAUUGCCAUGUUUAACUGUAGCCAGUCGUUUUACUUGCAACCAUUUUAAUGAAAUCGUAUGAAUAUGGUGCUCUAUUGUAAAAUCUCUCUUUGAUGGAGGUGAAUUGUAGUGUUACCUUUGAACAAAGUAAACGGCCAACCAAAGUGACCGUGCACUUUGGUGAACAACGUUGCCAAACACUAUUAUUGUGACUUUACAUAGUUAUCUAGCAUUGAGCUGAAACUUGAAUCGGGCAGCACUUAUUGACAUGUGAGAAGUUUUCCUGCCGCAUUAUAAUGUUUUGGGAAUAUUUGCAUCGAAUGCACAUGCUGUGUUCCUUACUUCAGCUAUUCCAGUGCAAAAUUGUAUUGGAUAGUCCCAGUUGUACACCGAGGCGGCAGCCAUUGCCGAUGAAGGACGCCAUCGGGUCAAUGUACUGGAUAGUUAUCGAUAUCAUGCGAUAAAAGAUAAAAAUAACCGAUAAAUCGUGAUUUGUACUUUACAAAAUUAAACACGGUAAGAUUAAUUCACAGUUAUUCUAUGGAAGGGUGUAAAAGGAAUAUCGAUUAUUACAAGUAGCGUGCAAUGUGUAUGUAGUUUUAUAAGAAUGUCAAAACGGCAAAAGCUAUAAAAUGCUAGGGUAAAGUACUUGUUUUCACAAGCUAUCAAUAGUUUUGAGAAUACUGGAAACCUAUAUAGCAUUUAUAACUUCCAUUGAAUGUUAGCAGAAAAGGCUUUAUAGGAUAUUUGCUGCAGAUAAGUAGAUUUGCUCACAUUGAAUGCCUGCGCAAGAAUUUCAGAAAAAUUUUUUAGCGGGCGUUCUCUAUACUUUUACGACAUUUGUGAGGUAUUCGGCCUUGUACAACUCCUCUGCGAAGAGGUGUCGCUAAGCGGCUCGACAUUCGGACGUGGCUAUAAAAAGGAGGUCCCUUACUUAUUGAGCUAAAACUUGAAUUGCUCAGCACACAUUGGCAUGAGAGCUUUGUACAUUGUUCUUUAAUGGAUAGUUUGCAUUAUCGAUUAGUCGAUAAUGUUGGGAAUACAAAAGUUAGCUUAAUUAAAAUUAAGAAUGCCUGUAUUUUUAAAUGCAAGGUUUUAUUUCAUAUUUGCUUGUACAGAAUUUAUCGUUAUGAUGAUCAUCACAUUAGCCAUUUUCAGAGCAAACUCAUUGGCACUAUCGACCAUAGGCCGUGUUUGGUUUAGUACAUUGCAGCAAUACUACUUUGGUAUUGGAAAAUUGGUCAGUUAUGUCACUUAGGGUUGGUAUUCUGUUCUGCUUUCGGAAUAGUCGGUGACAUUUUUAAUUGUUUCACGAGCGAAAUUUGACAAUAAUCAUUUGUCUUUGUUUCCACACCAAAAUACGUUUUUAUUCCCUCCACCAUAGGAUAGGGGUAUACUAAUUUCGCCAUUCUAUUUGUAACACCUCGAAAUAUGCGUCUAAGACCCCAUAAGGUAUAUAUAUUCUUGGUCGUCAUGUCAUUUUAAGUCGAUCUGUCUGCCCAAAGCAAGCUAACUUUCGAAGGAGUAAAGCUAGCCGCAUGAAAUUUUGCACAAAUACUUUUUAGUAGUGUUUAGUAGUUCAUGUUUUGAUAUAGCUGCCAUAUAAACCAAUCUUGGGUCUUGACUUCUUGAGCCUCUAGAGGGCGCAAUUUUCAUCCGAUUUGGCUGAAAUUUUGCACGUGGUGUUUUGGUAUCACUUCCAAUAACUGUGCUUAGUAUGGUUCACAUAGAUUUAUAACCUGAUAUAGCCGCCACAUAAACCGAUUAUGGGUCUUGAUUUCUUCAGCUUUUAGAGGGAGCAAUUCUCAUCCGAUUUGACAGCAAGUUUGCAUGAGGUGUUUUGUUAUGACUUUCAAUAAUUGUGCUAAGUAUGACGCAAAUUGGUACAUAACCUGAUAUAGCUGCCCUAUAAACCGAUCUUGGAUUUUGACUUCUUGAGCCGCUGGAGGGCGCAAUUCUCUUCCGAUUUGGCUGAAAUUUUGCAUGAGGUGUUAUGUUAUGACUUUCAAUAACUGUGCUAAGUAUGACGCAAAUUGGUACAUUACCUGAUAUAACUGCCUUAUAAACUGAUCUGGGGUCUUGACAUCUGAAGCCUCUAGAGGGCGCAAUUAUCAUCCGAUUUGGCAGAAAUUUUGUACAACGGCUUCUCUCAUGACUUUCAACAUAUGUUUCCAAUGUGGUCUGAAUCGAUCUAUAGCUUGAUACAGCUCCCAUUUAAACCGAUCUUCCGAUUUUGCUUCUUAAGCCCCUACACAAGGCGCAAUUCUUAUCCGAAUGGACUGAAAUAUUACACAAUGACUUCUAUAAUGUUCAGCAUUCAAUUCAUUUAUGGUUCGAAUCGGACUAUAACUUGAUAUUGCUCCAAUAGCAUAAAGAGAUAAAAGAGAUACCGCCCAAAGAACUCGACAAUUGCGAUCCAUGGCGGAGGGUAUAUACAAUAAGAUUCGGCCCGGCCGAACUUAGCACGCUCUUACUUGUUUUUAUCUGCAGUUUUUGUGCAAAUAAAUACAAUAAGAAAAAGAAAAACGAACCCUUAAAACUAAUAACAUACAAAAGUAUGAUAUAUGCAAUGGUAGCUAUGACGGUUUCAAACGUUGGCAAUAUAAUUGUUGUUUACUCUGCCAUUCAUUAUAAGCAGAGGACUACUUUUUCGCCUGUUUUUCUUCAUCGUUGUUCUUUCGUGUGAAAGCUAAACAGAAUACCCUCUUUCAGCGAAGACAAAAAGUGGAAAGACUCCAUGAACAUUGAGGUUAUCGAAAUAUGCCGAUGGAAAAUAAUACAAAAAAGAAAAGAAACUUAAACAAAAAAACAACGAAUUUAAAGAAAGAGCAGAAGCAAAAUUCCAAAAUUGUAGGUCAACUGAUCGCUUUCCACCAUCUUAUCUAGUGGAUCAUGAAAAGUAGCUGCUGUGUUUUAUUUUAGUAUUAUGCAGUUCAUGUCAAAUAUUCUGGAUAGAAUUUCCGUGCAAAGUUCUACAAAAUAGUUAUCGGUAUAAUACGAUAACCGAAUAUAAUAAGCGAUUAAUCGUGAUAAAAAACUUCCAUAACUUGUACAUAACUGAGAUCACCAUGAUCAAUAUGAUCCUUUGAAAUUGCAAAUUUGAUGAUUCGAUGCCAAUCGCCACAACUUUGGGUCUCCUUUCAUCAAAAUACAACAAAAAUUGAGGACAAAACUACCUUUGCAAAGCAAAAUGAAAAUAGUAAAAUAACACUUCAUAUCCACACUCACACACACACACACUUGGAAAUAAAUUCAAUACAAAUAAAUUCACUUUGAAAUUAAAGUAAAGGAAGAAUUAUAAAAAGUUAUAAAACAAGAAAUAAAGAAACACGUGAACACCUAUUAUAAUAUACCUAUAUGUAUGUGCAUAUUAUAUGUGUGUACUACGUAUAUAGUAUGUAUAUGUAUGUAUACAUAUAACUAUUUAGAUACAUAUGUGCGUGUGUAUGUAGUUUAUGGAUACUUACAAUAGCAAUACACACACAUACAUAUGUACAUUGAAAAAAAAGAAAUAUAUAUAU